AUGAGUGCUAAUUUGGCUUUGAUUCUGGCGACCUGUCUGAGCGGAGUUUGGGGAUGCCAGUUGCCCCAUGACUGGAGACCACAGACCGAGGCGUGCCGCGCGGAGCUCGCGGAGAUCAUCGUUUUCGCCAAGGUGCUUGCGCUGCACAAGGACUCAUACAGUGUGUACAACUACCUGCCUUGGCAGUAUGACACGGACCUCUUCUUCUCCGCCGAGAUCGAGCUGCAAUGUGACCAGGCGUGGGGCAGCAUGCUGGAGGUCCCUGCCGGUUCCCGGUUCAAUGUCACCGGGCUGGGCUACUUCCCCUGUUACUCCUACAGCGCAGUGGAGAACAACUCUUACUAUUUCUUUCUGAGGUAAGAGACAGUGACAUCCUGGUGUUGGAGGAGCAUUUAUCACUUUCAAGCAAGUGUGGCGGUUUUGUAAGUCAGAAAUGACACAAUCAUAAUUCAACAGAAAAUAGGCAUACAGUGAUUUGGUAGUGUAAUUGCCUGAACUUGUGUCUAGAUACAAUAUAACCCUUACAUUUCCAGCUGUGUUAUCAUUUUUUACAGUCAUAAUGAGAAACUUGUGUUUGAUGAAUACUUGGUGAAAUAGAGUUGAGAGUGCUGGUCUGGCCGUUAGAAUUGUCUUGGGAUGCAAACACAGCAGGAAUAAUAACCCAAACCUGCUGUGUGUGUGUGUAUGUGUGUGUGUGUGUGUGCGUGCGUGUGGUGUGUGUGUGUGGUGUGUGUGUGGUGUGUGUGUGUGUGUGUAAUAUGAAAGUGUGUGAUAUGGAGUAGCUAGAUUGUGAGAAAAACAGCAACAGAUUGAAAAGCGGAUCAGGUACCAGUCCUUCUGAAGUAAUGCCUUUAAUGAUACUACAGUAUCUAUCAUGGACAGAUGGAUGAUGCACAUCAAUUUCCUCAGAUGUCACACCUAACGUGGGGGCAACAGAUGGAGAGAGAGAGAGACUCAGCACUAGCACCACCAGUGAAUUUGACCCCAACACGUUUGACCCAAAGUUAACUUUGUCUCACAUAUUAUAGGUAAAAUAUCUGUGCUACUUUGUGAUAGUUAAAAUGCCUUACACAAUUUACAGCAUAUCAGUAGAUUUGUUUCCACAAAGGCAGGUUUUCAUAAUGUGAGUUGAUUGACACCUUAAUACUUAUCUCCCUUGGUUUUAGAGGGGAACAACACAACAGUCUUAGAAAAAGUGCCUAUGGCAUUCCAGCUUUUAUAAUUACAGAGGCUGACAGUUCCCAACUGGUUAGGGGAGACCCUUAAAGCUGGAAGUUUAGGCUGAGGGUGUUAUCUCCACACCAACCACAGGCUGGCUGGGAAGUCCUUUGUAUCCCAAACAUAGAACAACCCUGCUGAAUGACACCAGGCCUUCUGUUCUGGGAGAUUAACUUGUGCCAACAGGUUUAACUGAGGUCUCAUGUCCUGUGUUUCUUUCAUUCUCAGCACCUAGAACAGAUAAAAGCACAUUCAAUCAAAGAGUCUUUCAAAGGCAUUCCAUUGUGGAGUAUUCAGCUAUCCCGUAUGGAUGUUCACGGCCAAGUACAGUAAUGACUGUGUGUUUAGAUAGUCAGGGGGAGAGUGUGUGUAUAUGUGUGUUUUGUAGAUGAGUUGGAUGGCCAGCUGCAUUGUUUAUAGUUUUUUUGAAGACCCCAGGUUCAUAGCCCCCCUGCUGCCAGUCAAUACACUCACUCACACACACACACACACACACACACUCACACACACACACACACACACACACACACACACACACACACACACACACACACACACACACACACACACACACACACACACACACACACACACACACACACACACACACACACACACACACACACUCACACAUGCACACACACACACACGCACACACACACACACACACAGACUACAUGCAUAUACGUAUUAACACAGGUCCACACACACACACACACACACACACACACACACACACACACACACACACACACACACACACACACACGAACUUGUGUGUUCUGUUUGAGAGGAAAGGUUGAUGGUGUCACUAUGUAGCCGUUCUCCAUCACUGGGAAACCCAUAAGGCUUUGGGGUUUUUGCUGAUCUGAAAGUCUACUCAUCCUGAAACUACAAACCAUAGGGAUUAACCCUGCAAUCAGCCAGGGGACCCUGGAAGGAAACAACCUAAUAAGGAUCACAAUAAGACACAGACAUACGGGUCGAAGGAUUUAGUGUGCCAUGAAAAUAAAAAAGCCUACAUUUACAUGUAAUGUGCUGUGUUAAACUGUCACUCAAAGUUACAUAAAAAGCCUAUAUUAGAAUAUGCCUCCUGUGAUGGAUCUCUAGACUACCUCCCUCCAUUAGGAUGCUGGGAUGGUGGGGGGAGGGUGUCUGCCUGAGCCCAUAGUGCUGCUCUGCAGCUUCUCAGCUAAUCUCAGACCUCCGUCAUAAACUGUUAACAGAGGAGUCUCCAGUUCCAGAAAGCAUUGUUCUCGUCGUUCUGCAACGCUGGCUCUCUCAGGCGCUGAAUCAGCAAGCUAGUGCUGAAAAGUUUCCAUCAGAGUCUCCAGUGAGCUCCCAUUUCCUGUUAAAGCCCCCCAUACGACACAGUCUGAAACAGCCUCCCCAAUCAAUCAUGACUAUGAGUGCCCAGGACAGGACAAAAGGGAGUUUAGCAUAGGAAGAAAUGCAACAAGGAGUCUCCCACAGGACCGAAACUGUAGACUGGUUGAUUGGUCGGCCUGUCUAUGCCAAAUGUAGUCAUCUCAAUCCCGUAACAUUGUUACUUGUCUGCUGUUAAACAAAGAGAAGGGACAUAUUAUUAUUCUUGGUGAUUCUGUGAGUAGAAUGUGUGGGUUAAGGUUUUACAGUUCAUGCCUCAGUUAGGACUUAAUAGUUCAUCCCUUGCUUUCAUCUAGCCGGAUGGAUUGAAGGGGUCAUGACAGCCAUUCAUUCUGAACUCACAAGGAUGUCUCCACAAGUUCAGUCAAUAAAUCUCAAUGCAGUGGUGGUGCUCUGGUGAGCUUUAAGCCUCAAGACACUCAGCUGCCUGCCCCUAGAGAGGGCUACUGUAAUUUGGAAGAAGCCUCCUUCCCUAUGUUUUAAUUCCAAGAAUCACCCAUUUGAAAAGAUAGAAUAGGUGAAAGCACUGAAAGCAAUAAACAAGUGCUAUAUUCUCUCCAUUGUGUUCAGUUCACUUAUGUACUGUAAGUAGGAUGGGAAAGGAUGCUUGCUUGAAGAACUGAGAGACACAGCAUAGGGCUACUGGGGGAAUUGAUUCCAGGGUGUCUGCCUUAGUCUCCAAUACCAUGGAGAAGGCUUGUUAUUUGGCUCAGGUAUAUUGCACAUCCCAGCGGUUCCCCCUUUGUUAACCUCCUCCUUUGAGUCUUUGGUGUGUGGCUGAACCAUGAACCAACCAGCCAGCUGGUUCCAUUUUGACAGGGCAAAACUCACCAGUCAAACCGUCACAGAAAAGCAAAGAAAUAGGAGAAAGGCUGCAUGGAAACAUUAAUUAAACCAACAUGCUCUUGACUAAACAAGGUUAAGACGAGAUGACAAGCUUUCCUAUGGAGGACCAGGUUUUGUUGUGUGGAGGGAUGGGGGAGAGGGAGGUGAGCUCUGUUUAAAGUUGAGGAAUUUGAGAGUGGAUGUGAAAAGGGGUCCGAGAACCAGCAGACACGUACGCUCUCUGGAAGCCAUUAGGGUUUGAAAAACAGGAUAAUCCCUAUAACUGCUGUCGAUACCUUAUGCUGAGAGUGUAAUGGAGAUGAUACGUUGGUUUGGCAGAACUUUGACAAUAUAGCUGGCUAAUACAGACACAGCAUCCAGGAUAUCAUUUAGCUAAACCAGCAUAGACAUAUUUUUCUUAAGAUAUUGUUUUUUUCUACAACCAUUGACUGUGGAACUGUUUUGGAAUGUAUACAUCAACUGGUUGGGACGUAAUUAUUUGCCUGCUAAGUGCCAUGGAAUUUGUAGAAGCUGAGAAGAAAUUGAAACCAGUGGAAACAUUGGCUAUUAAACUGCAUUUACUAGUGCUGGUUGACAUUACUGUGCCAUCUGGGAGUAUUUGGUUGGUUUAUACAUUGGGUUGUAAUCCAAUAGGGACCAAAUGUCUUGAGACUUACAUGCUAGACUUGUGAAGUAGGGGAAACACUGGCCACAGCCCUCAACAUGCAACAGAGCAGAGAGAGACAGAGAGUGAGAGAGGAAGGGAUGGAGGGAGGGCGAGAGCGAUCGAGUGAGUGAGGGAUGGAGGAAGGUGGAGAAAAAGAGAGAGGGACAAAACGUACUGUUUAUGAAAUAUAUAAAACAAUCCACAAAGCCGUGCUUGUCAGGAUGGGGAAGGAUCCAUGUCUCAGGAGCAUGGAAUUAAUAAAACCAGUGCAUCAGUUAUUGUUUUGAGGGAGAUAUUGGUUCCAGUGUCCCUCAAAAUAUGCAGUGAAAUUAAUUUCAAAGCUAUUGAAAUGAACACACACACACACAGCACACACACACAGCCAUUAUCAUUGGUCAUGUCCAUUGUGAGUGUGUUCUUGUAUCUGUGCUAAAUAGUCUGGUAAUUAGAACCAUAUGCAUUUUUUGGGCCAACAGUACAACACAGAGUGUUAUUCCCUCCGGAUCCUCUCUCCCCAUCCACAUAAUUCUCAGGGUUGACCUUGUGUUGCCCCUGCUUACAUUCCAGUGCCGGAGUAGUUCAUCAUUAUCAACAUUAUGAGUGACCCCCACUGUAGGGACAAAACAUCAAGCUGUCUGGGUCAGACAAAAACAUACAAACAUACACCGUAACAAAUGACUCUUUGGAUCAACAAAAAAAAUACUUUAACUGGUUACAAGUAAAUAAGUUAGGUUUUCUCAAUUGAAAAAAACAAUGUUUAUUGAAAGCAAAUAUAUAUGAUUAACUUAGAUUAUUAACAAACAAUAAUUCAAGUUGCAACCUAUUUCUUUCAACGCUCAACUUACUUUUCCCCUUUAAUAAAUAACAUAAAUCCAAACUAAUAUUUAAUGUACAGUGGGGAAAAAAAGUAUUUAGUCAGCCACCAAUUGUGCAAGUUCUCCCACUUAAAAAGAUGAGAGAGGCCUGUAAUUUUCAUCAUAGGUACACGUCAACUAUGACAGACAAAAUGAGAAAAAAAAUCCAGAAAAUCACAUUGUAGGAUUUUUAAUGAAUUUAUUUGCAAAUUAUGGUGGAAAAUAAGUGUUUGGUCAAUAACAAAAGUUUCUCAAUACUUUGUUAUAUACCCUUUGUUGGCAAUGACACAGGUCAAACGUUUUCUGUAAGUCUUCACAAGGUUUUCACACACUGUUGCUGGUAUUUUGGCCCAUUCCUCCAUGCAGAUCUCCUCUAGAGCAGUUAUGUUUUGGGGCUGUCGCUGGCCAACACGGAUUUCAAAUCCCUCCAAAGAUUUUCUAUGGGGUUGAGAUCUGGAGACUGGCUAGGCCACUCCAGGACCUUGAAAUGCUUCUUACGAAGCCACUCCUUCGUUGCCCGGGCGGUGUGUUUGGGAUCAUUGUCAUGCUGAAAGACCCAGCCACGUUUCAUCUUCAAUGCCCUUGCUGAUGGAAUGAGGUUUUCACUCAAAAUCUCACGAUACAUGGCCCCAUUCAUUCUUUCCUUUACACGGAUCAGUCGUCCUGGUCCCUUUGCAGAAAAACAGCCCCAAAGCAUGAUGUUUCAAUCCCCAUGCUUCACAGUAGGUAUGGUGUUCUUUGGAUGCAACUCAGCAUUCUUUGUCCUCCAAACACGACGAGUUGAGUUUUUACCAAAAAGUUCUAUUUUGGUUUCAUCUGACCAUAUGACAUUCUCCCAAUCCUCUUCUGGAUCAUCCAAAUGCACUCUAGCAAACUUCAGACGGGCCUGGACAUGUACUGGCUUAAGCAGGGGGACACGUCUGGCACUGCAGGAUUUGAGUCCCUGGCGGCGCAGUGUGUUACUGAUGGUAGGCUUUGUUACUUUGGUCCCAGCUUUCUGCAGGUCAUUCACUAGGUCCCCCCAUGUGGUUCUGGGAUUUUUGCUCACCGUUCUUGUGAUCAUUUUGACCCCACGGGGUGAGAUCUUGCGUGGAGCUCCAGAUCGAGGGAGAUUAUCAGUGGUCUUGUAUGUCUUCCAUUUCCUAAUAAUUGCUCCCACAGUUGAUUUCUUGAAACCAAGCUGCUUACCUAUUGCAGAUUCAGUCUUCCCAGCCUGGUGCAGGUCUACAAUUUUGUUUCUGGUGUCCUUUGACAGCUCUUUGGUCUUGGCCAUAGUGGAGUUUGGAGUGUGACUGUUUGAGGUUGUGGACAGGUGUCUUUUAUACUGAUAACAAGUUCAAACAGGUGCCAUUAAUACAGGUAACGAGUGGAGGACAGAGGAGCCUCUUAAAGAAGAAGAAUUUUCCACCAUAAUUUGCAAAUAAAUUCAUUACAAAUCCUACAAUGUGAUUUUCUGGAAAUUAAAUUCUCAAUUUGUCUGUCAUAGUUGACGUGUACCUAUGAUGAAAAUUACAGGCCUCUCUCAUCUUUUUAAGUGGGAGAACUUGCACAAUUGGUGGCUGACUAAAUACUUUUUUUCCCCAAUGUAUAUACAACCAAUUUUUUCAUCUUGUUCCAAGCUAAUUUUUUAUUUGAUAUUACCUAUCCAAAUUUCUUCAAUUGGAUUACAAGCAAUUAAAUCAUUUCCCUGUAUCAAGAAAUUCAGUUGGUUCAAUAACAUGAAAUAAUGAUUAAGUUCACAUUCUUUACAUAGACUUUCAAAUGUAUUGACUUCAAUAGUGUAAUCAAAUGGUAACUAGUUUUCCAAUGAAAACUUUACCAAGCUCUUUAGUAUCGUUGCAAGCAAGUAUCAUUACAGAUUCAGUGUUGGCAGUGCACAUGUUAUACCUUGUAUAUAGAAUACAACAAAGCAGAUUAACUGGAAUGACAUUCACUCUCACAGAUGGCCAAAAAUAACAGUCUGAAAGCCACGUCCCCAAUAAGACACACCUUUAACUCUUCUGAUAGGCUGCUGCCGCUACAUUGCCCCCACCGCUAUGCAAUGUGCAUCUGCAUGAGUUGUUGAAAGCAAUUUAGAAGCGUUCAUUCAAUUUAAAAAAUCACAUUGAUCUGUCAAACUCAUUAUUUUAUUUCAGACAAAUUGAGUAGAAUAGGUUUAACAAACCAAAACGUAACUUUAGAUCAUACCAAUCAGUAAAAGCACUUCAGAUAACAACAGCGCCGUCCCACUUUUUACAGUGUAGAGCUCACAACACACACACACUCAUGAGGUACAGUGAGGGAAAAAAGUAUUGGUAACACACUUUGCCGUGAAGGUCUGAAAUCCUGCAGCGCCCGCAAGGUCCCCCUGCUCAAGAAAGCACAUAUACAUGCCCGUCUGAAGUUUGCCAAUGAACAUCUGAAUGAUUCAGAGGAGAACUGGGUGAAAGUGUUGUGGUCAGAUGAGACCAAAAUGGAGCUCUUUGGCAUCAACUCAACUCACCGUGUUUGGAGGAGGAGGAAUGCUGCCUAUGACCCCAAGAACACCAUCCCCACCGUCAAACAUGGAGGUGGAAACAUUAUGCUUUGGGGGUGUUUUCUGCUAAGGGGACAGGACAACUUCACCGCAUCAAAGGGACGAUGGACGGGGCCAUGUACCGUCAAAUCUUGGGUGAGAACCUCCUUCCCUCAGCCAGGGCAUUGAAAAUGGGUCGUGGAUGGGUAUUCCAGCAUGACAAUGACCCAAAACACACGGCCAAGGCAACAAAGGAGUGGCUCAAGAAGAAGAACAUUAAGGUCCUGGAGUGGCCUAGCCAGUCUCCAGACCUUAAUCCCAUAGAAAAUCUGUGGAGGGAGCUGAAGGUUCGAGUUGCCAAACGUCAGCCUCAAAACCUUAAUGACUUGGAGAACAUCUGCAAAGAGGAGUGGGACAAAAUCCCUCCUGAGAUGUGUGCAAACCUGGUGGCCAACUACAAGAAACGUCUGACCUCUGUGAUUGCCAACAAGGGUUUUGCCACCAAGUACUAAGUCAUGUUUUGCAGAGGGGUCAAAUACUUAUUUCCCUCAUUAAAAUGCAAAUCAAUUUAUAACAUUUUUUACAUGCAUUUUUCUGGAUUUUUGUUUUGUUAUUCUGUCUCUCACUGUUCAAAUAAACCUACCUUUAAAAUUAUAGACUGAUCAUGUCUUUGUCAGUGGGCAAACGUACAAAAUCAGCAGGGGAUCAAAUACUUUUUUCCCUCACUGUACAUAUUAUGUGUGAGUGAGAAAAUGAUGGAGUGAGUGUCUGUGUGUGUUGGAGUGACAGUGUGUGUAAGUGUGUAGGGCCCUGUGAGUAUGCAUAGAGACAGUGAAAAUAUUGAAAUAUCAAUAAAGAUACAAGGUAAACUCAGUCCAUGUAGCUAUGUUGUUAGCUAUUUAUCAGUGGAUGUGUGUGUGUGUGUGUGUGUGUGUGUGUGUGUGUGUAUGUUGUGUGUGUGUGUGUAUGUGUGUGUGUGCGGUUUGUGUGUGUGUUUUUGUGUGUUUUUGUGUGUGAAGGCAGAUGUCUGCUCGGAGAGGUUAGCAGUGACAUGGUUCAACACCACAAUGAAUGAAAACAAGAGAGGGGUAGAAAAACUAAAUAAGGGAGGACGUUAGAGACAUAGAGGGAGUUGGGGAGAGUGUGCCACUUUGUUUGGAUGAGUUCAGAUGUGAACUUUCAAUGUUUCGCCUGAAGGUUAAUUACUUUGUAAUGCAUAAGUGCUUUAGUGUAGCUGCUGAAGAAGUGUCAUAAUGUUGUACUGCAGGUGCUCUAACUGUGUGUUAUGCAACGGGUAUUCCCCUCCUUGUCACACGAUUGGAGGUUUUAUUAGACAGCUGUGGCCCAAGGCAGAGUUGAAAUGUUCAGAUACCAAAGCCACACUCUAACCAGGUUUCAAUCAAACAUUUUUAUGCGAGUAAAGUAACAGAACAUUUUUCGGUAAACAUUCCAAAUGUCGACAAAACAAAAUACGCUAGACAUUGUGGGAUCUUUUUGUGUCGGUAAAAUGAAUUAUGUGAAAAAUGUUGGUGGAAAAGCUUUUAUGCGCAAAUAUUGAUAUAAUAACAAUCAUAUCAAAGUAAACUUGGAGUCACGUGAUGACAUGUUGUGUGGUCCUCCCACUACUACUCAUCGGGAAAGCAUGCAGUUUAUUAGGUUACAGAUUAAAUAAAUUAUGAUGAACUUCACAGGGAGGUGAAAGUGCAAGGUGAUGAGCUUGAUGCUCCUUUCCAAUAAAUAUCAAGGGUCUUAUUCUGGUGACUUGAUAAUCAAUGCUUGGCUGCCUUUGACAAAUAAAAAUAAUCUUGCUCCUUUGUCCAUAAUAGUAAUCUCAUCAUGUAGGCUUUAUAUGCUCUCUAGCAUGUGCCAAUACCAGAGUGUGCACACUCACUAUAUAAAACAAAAUCUUUCAUGAAAGAUUCAUCAGUAGAGUUGAAAAUGAGAUGGAAACCCAUUUAACUUGUAUUUUUUAUUCGGUACAUGGGAAUUUAACCGCAAAAGUUUUGUAUGUGCACUACAUCAUCACGCACAGCCUUUUAUCUGCAACAACUCAAUUUGAUGGAAACACAUCUGGUGGGAAAAUGUGUAUAUGGUUUUUAUGCAGAAUUUAGAAUAUUCGCAUGAAAAUCUGUCUCCAAAUGGAUGGAAACCUAGCUACUAUGGAGGAUAAAAUACAGUUAUUUUAACCCUGCCUGACACCAACGGCAGCAUCACACAAGCUGCCACACCGCAGUCUCAGAGCCAUACUGUAUGAGGGUUUUGUGUGUGUGUGUGUGUGUGUGUGUGUCUGUGUGUGUUUGUGUGUGUGUGUGUGUGUCUGGAAUUCAAAUGGAAUGCAUCUUCAUCCCCUGUCUCUCUGUGUUCCCCAGGAUGGAUGAGAACUACAGCAUUAUCCCCCACGGGGUUAACUUCCAAGACCCAAUCUUCCCAGACACACCAGAGAACCACCAUAUGUUCGCCAGCCUCUUCCAGUUCUCCAACUGCACGGCCGGAACCAUGGUCCACACCUACACCCCAGAGUGGGAGGCUCAGGAGGACAGCCGGGUACGAAUUCAACUAAUCUAUCACUCCGGUUUUUAUGUGCCUUUGUUAAGAAAGUCUCAACAGCAACUCCUGAACAGCAGCUCCUAA